GAUCCAAGCAACACCAUCCCAUCUCGCCUCACCUCGCCUCCCGGGCACCCCUCAAGACACUCAAAAACCCCUCGCGGGCUCAUACUCACCUUCGCCAUGCCCAAGCUUCACCAGUACGACUACAUCUUCGCCAUUGGCCUCAUCUUCUGCGCCCUUGACGCCUACAACAUUGGCGCCAACGAUGUGGCCAACUCUUUUGCAACCUCGGUGUCGUCGCGCUCCCUUACGAUGAAGCAGGCGUGUUUCCUGGCCGCCAUCUGCGAGUUUCUCGGUGCCGUCCUCGUCGGCGCAAAGGUCUCGGGCACCAUCAAGAACGGUAUCAUUUCGCUCUCUUCUUUCCGUGACAACCCGGGUGUCCAGAUGCUUGGCUUUACCUGUGCUCUCGUCGCCUCGGCUACUUGGCUCAUGAUCGCCACCCGCAACUCCUGGCCUGUCUCCACCACCUACUCGAUUGUCUCCGCCCUCGCGGGUGUCGGUGUCGCUCUCGGUGGCCCCGGUGUUGUGCAGUGGGGCUGGAACGGUGGCAAGGGCCUGGGCACAAUCUUCGCCGGUUUCGCCAUCGCUCCUUCCAUCGCGGCCGGCUUCGGUGGUGUCGUUUACUUGAUCACCAAGUACGCUGUCCUUAAGCGCAAGAACCAGAUCCGCAACGCUCUUUACAUCUCGCCCGUUUACUUCUUCACCGUCGCUGCGGUCCUUACCAUGUCGAUCAUCUACAAGGGCUCGCCCUCGCUCAACCUUGACGAGCUUCCGACCGUCACUAUCGCCCUUGCCAUUGUCCUCACCGGCCUUGUCGUCGCCGUCCUUUCCAUCCUCUUCUGGCUGCCCUAUGUCUACUGCAAGGUUGUUCGCAAGGACUACACCCUUCGCAUCUGGCACUUCUUCUACGGCCCCCUCCUCUGGAAGCGCCAGCCCCCCGCCGACGCCGCCAACAUCGUUGCCGGCCACGUUCCCGACUACCGUGUCCGCGACCGCGACAACGCCAACGCUACGCUUCCCACCGACGCUGCUCAGGCCGACGCCAGCCGUGAGCUCACCCCUCAGGGCUCGCACGAGGGCGAGAAGGACGUUGAGUUCGACGCCGUCCCCCAGCAGCAGCAGCCUCGCACUGCUGCCCCUCUUGCCGAGGUCGAGGACGAGGACAAGAACACUACCCCCCAGAUCGAGGGUCUCUGGAUCCUUCCCCGCAACCUCUGGAUCAUUGUCCGCUACAAGCUCAUUGCUGGCCUUACCAAGGGUGUCAACUUUGACGUUCACGCCGCUCAGGCUGGCAAGAAGGGCAAGGAGGCCGAGCGCAUCGCCGCCAUGCACCAGCAGGUCGACCAGUAUGGCAACGAGACUGAGCACCUGUACUCGUUCCUCCAGGUCAUGACUGCUUGCACGAACUCGUUCGCCCACGGCGCCAACGACGUUGCCAACGCUGUCGGCCCCUUCUCCGCCAUCUACUACGUCUGGGCCAACGGUGUCGUCACCCCCAAGAACACCCCUACCCCCACUUGGAUUCUCGCUUUCGGUGGUGCCAUGAUCGUCAUCGGUCUUGCCACUUACGGCUACAACAUGAUGGCGGCGCUCGGCAACCGUCUGACGCUCAUGUCCCCUUCGCGCGGUUUCUCGAUGGAGUUUGGCGCGGCCAUCACCGUCCUCCUCGCCUCGCAGUACGGUAUCCCCGUCUCCACCACCAUGUGCAUCACCGGUGCCACCGCCGGUGUCGGUAUCAUUAGCGGCGGCUUCAAGGCUGUCAACUGGCGCGCAUUCGGCUGGAUUUUCCUCGGCUGGGUUCUUACGGUGCCCGUCGCCGGUACCGCCGCGGGCUGUCUCACCGGUCUGUUCAUCAACGCGCCCCACUGGUAA